GAGAGUGGUGCAUCAUGUUUUUCAAGUCAUCAGGCUUCUUGGCAGGCUGGAUGGUAAAUGACUUGAAGUAGGAGUCACGAGAGCCAAUUAUUGCCAGACACUUCUGUUCUCUGCCUCCAGCAGCAGGGCUAGCACAGGCAGAGACUUCUACUUUCUGAAUAGAAGAGAGAAACAGUGAAGAGUUGAAUGAAAAAAGAUGAAAAAAAUUACUCUGAAAACUAUUUCCAUCUCUUCUGGAUUCUUCAUGUGUGAUGAGUGCAUCACAUCUAAGGAGCAUUGGGUAUUGUACAUGUCCUGCACAGUAGUCUGCUCCUGAGCAGUAGGUAGACCGUGAGACACUGAAUGUGCAAUAUAGGCACCAAAUAACCACCUUGUACCUAAACAUCUUAUGGAGUCAUCAGGCUUUCCAUAGGUUUGAUUGACACAUUCAGCAACUUCAUGGGAUUCUUGACUGCGUAUUUUUUUUUACAGCACAUGCUUGCAUUGUAGCUGUGUCUUUCUUCAUCUAUGCCACAUUAAGUAUGCACACGUUUCUGCCUCAGACAGCCUUGCUAUUGUACAGAAUUGUAUACAAUUUCACAGCAAAUGCUGAAUGACUUUCAGCUGGAAAAACAAGGUCUAAGAGGCAGAUGAAACAAACAGAAAAGGGGAAGAGGAGUCAUGUUAUAAAAGUCAGCAGCUGAAUUAUUGUUUGAAAAUUGUCUUUUGCUGUGCCUUCUGGGAUUACAAGGGCACAGUGGGGUUCUUCUCAUAGCUUUGAUGGAAAACACUUGGCAUUAUCCCUUAAUGUUUAAUCAUAACUCUUUAAUGCUGUAGGAAGUUGCUAGGCAUCAAUGUGCUGCCCAUUGGAUGCACUCAUGCAGUGGCUCACCUCAAGACUGGGUGCUGGUUCACCCUCAUGUCUGCACAGGGCCCUGGUACCUGGCUGGGUGGGUGGCACAGGGGAGCUGAGAAGUCAGCAUGGUGAGUUUUCUCCAUUGCAUUUUGUGGGUCUGUUUCUGUACAGGCUUCCAUAUUAAAUCUAAGUUCAUCGGCAAGAACGUGAUAAAUGUUAGCUACGCUGUCCAAGUACUAAAUCCAAACAUUAGGCAUAAACCAUGCAGGUGUGUGAACUUGAGCAGAUAUUUUUAUUGUGAGAAACUAUUGUUGCUAAAUAACUAACAAGUUUUACAAGGAAAAUAUAAUCAUAAACAAUCUUUUCCAUCUCCCACGCUAAUUGAAUGAGCAGAAUUCCUCUGUUCUACUUUGCAGACAUCAUGUCAUUGAAUUAUUGGAUUAAGACUGGGUUGCUGUUUUACCUUUGCCCCACUCAGCAGAAGAGUGUUGAGUCUUUUGAACUGGAAAGCCGUGAUUUAUCUUUUUCCCUUUCAAUAGAACUGUGCUCAUUCAGAACCUUGAGUUUAAUGAUAUUUUGUCUGAACUCCUGCAUUUUCUUUAUUGAUAAAGAAUCUGCCAAUAGAAAGUGAAUAGAUCUGAGAAACAGCCUUCUUUUUAACAAGUAUUCAUUAAUUCUUGCACAGAAGAGAGAGGUUCGUAAAUUCUAUUUACAUGGUAGAUCAGCAGGAUCUUUCAUCCGCUUCUAAGGGCUCAUCUCUGGGCUGAAAAGAUCAAGCAACAACAGGUAAAGUGGUCAGGCUUUAAAUGUGAAUAUAUAUGUAAAUGCUAGUUGGCUUUUGACAUUUUAUUAGCUGUUAUGGCAUCUACUCAAAAUAGGACUUUUUAAACUGCAGUUGAUUCCAUGUAAUAACACUAUGGCAUUCCAUUUCUUUGGAUAUCAGAUUGGAGAUGAUUUUGGUUUCUGGGAUUCUCGCAGUUGAAAGAUUUUUAAGCCAAGUUUUCCAAACAUUGUUCUUACUUUAGGCCAUGGUGGUAUCUCAUAAGACUUGAAAAGCACAUGGUGUCUGUACUGUCCUGUGUUUGUUUCUUAAGCUAACAGCAUCUGAAAUAGAAGUUCUACUGAAAACAUAGUGUUCUAUUUGAUGAGCACUCUUGGCAUUAAAGCAACAGUUCUGGUAAGACACAAGUACAAAUCAUGUAGUACACGCUCCUCUUGUUCCUAGCAACUGAAUAAUCUCAUGAAAAAGAAAAAGACUCUUUUUAUUCAAAAAAAAUUAUAGAAUCUUCAGCAUUAAAUCACGUUAAUCACGUUAAUGUGGAUCUUCCCUUCAGUGUUAAUAGCAGUUGCAGUGAAUAUAGAAGAAAGAUAAAAACAUUAUUAAUACUAUAUGCAUGAUAGAGACAAGGACUUCUGUUCUCAGAGCAGCAGCCUUCGCUAUGUCAUGCAGCUCCCUCUGAAGGGAGCAGAAGCUUUCCAUUGACUUUAUGAACACAUGGGAAUGACUGGAGGCAUGAACUGCUUGGCUGAGCAGGUUCACAGAGCAUAGAUAGCUCAGGGGCUGAAAAACGUACUUCUGUCAAGCUUCUCACACUGUGUAAGACACAUUGCUGUGUGGUAGCACUUCUCCUUGGGAUCGUCUCUGUCACAUGAGCCGAUGCCCCAGAGACCAGGAAGCAGCCCUCUGUGUGUGUGUCCUUUGUCAUCUACUGUGGCUUGCCAGUUAUCACAAAGUCCUAUCAGAAAGCAUACAGCUGCUCUCUGCUUUAUUUCUAAUAGACUUCAUUCUUCUCCCACUGAAACUCUCAGCAGCUUUGCCAGCAAUUUCAGCUGGUAAGGCUGGUGUCUUAAAACCAAAACAAACACCUGCCCCUGAUGAUUGCAACAAGGGCUCUCCUUUCUGAUGACCUCAUGGUAGUUCCCCUAAAAACUAUGGUGAACUACAGCUACAUCACGACAAAGAGAUCUCUUCAAAUCUAAAUCUGAACAUCUCCUUUCAGGCUUUCUUUUGGAAAAUCUAAAUCUGAACAUCUCCUUUCAGGCUUUCUUUUGGAAGAUGGAGUGUUUGCCUCAGGUGUGUGCCUACAGAAGGAAAUUGACCGAGGCAUUGACCGAGUUGGUUCGAGUAAAGCAGGCUCAGGCUUUAGAGUGGUGGAGAUGUUAAGUCAAAAAAAGAGAAGAAAGCUGACAAAACAUCUAUUUUCAAUCAGGUUUCUUUACUGAAGAACAGAUGGACCAAACAUUUCUAUUAAAAAAUGACUGCAAAGUUGACUUCUUUUGGAGCUCAGCCCUGGUUUUCUGUAUUGCUUCUGGUCAUUUCAGGAAAGCACUCAUCCUUGUGAGUGCAAGAUAUUUUCCUGGUCCCUACCUUAUUUUGUGUCACAAAGGUGAAUGUAAUUUGUGAUGGAAAUCCUUGCACUAUUCUUUAUGUAAGAUGUCAUUGCGUAUUUUUUUUUAUCUGAUCAUGCAUUUCCAUUCUAGUUCGGAGACCGAAGUACACAAGCUGAUAACAGGGUGGUGGAAGAAGGGAAAAGUAUGUGUCCUACUGUCUGAUUUUGGUGCUUCAUGGUGGUAUUGGAUUCAUUAAUUUCCUUUUCAAGCAAUGUAUUUUGUACUACAAACUUCUACCAAGUUUUCAGUUUCUACAAGACUGCAAGAGGAUUUCAGAGGGAUUUGAAAUUAGUCACUGCUUUGAAUGAGUGUUGAGCUGGUCAAACAUUUCCAGAGGUGAAUCUUUUGCAUUUCAAGGACUCUUUUCCAUUGUUCAUGCAUCUUCUAGCCUUUUAUUCUCUUAUUCUCAUUGUGGAAGCUUAUUUGCAAAACCUUGCUGGCUGGAGCAAUGCACAGAGGCCCCAGGCUGUCGUGCAGGUGACAAAGGCACGGGUUGCUUUUCCAAAAAUGUGAGUUCUAUUUGCCUCCAGUGUGCUGCCAUUGCUAAAGAGCUGACUAUAGCCAAUCCAUAGUGAUAUUUGUAUAGUUUCUCUCACCUGUUGCAUGCUGUCAGUGCACUCCUUGCAGUUGUACAAUGCAUCACUAGUAGGGAUGCGGCAUCUUCACUUAUAGCACCAAAUACUGAUCUGCUCUGUGGCUGCAGACCCUCAGUGGUAUCGCUCAGCUCUGUGCGCGACUGCAAAGCACUGCCAGCCAUAAACACAUCACAUCACUGUUCGUCUCACUCAUUAAGGCAAUUAGCGACCUGUAGAAGAUGAUCAUUCAGGCAUUUUAGCCCUCCUGACGUCGGUGUCUAGUCAACGGCACCAGCAGAUGCUGUUUAUAGUCCAGCUGAUAAUCUCUCUCUUUCCAGCUCGUUAUUAUUAUCGACCAAAGUGCCUUUUUGCUUCUGUGACCCAAACAGAAUCCCCCCCGCCACCGUUUUAGCAGCUAACAUCCACAAUGGGGGCAACUGAUCCAGCGCGGGAGUUAAAUAUAACCGUGCCUAGUGUAAGGAGAAGAGUGAAUGGGAAAUGGUUGGCAUUCCUUCUUCCUGAAGGCACGGCGAGAGAGGGAGCGGGCGAGAGCCGUGCACACACGCAGCCACACAGCCGCACAGACGCGCGGCCGGCGAGGAAGAGGAAGCGAGCAGGAGGCAGAGCAGAGCCCGCAGCUUGCCGUGCCCGCGGCUGGCAGCAUGUCCACCCUCAGCAUGGCCACCUGGGGACUGUACCUGCAGCUUCUCUCCUGCUGGGCUUUCUCUCAGAGCCCCUACGCUGACAAUGCCUUCUCAGUCUCAGCAGAUCUUCCUUGUUUGGAACAGAAGAAGCAGCCUACCCACAGAGCAUGCUGCUUCCUCAUCCCGCCGCCACCGCCCAUGUUCCCACCACCGCGCUUCAGGCACGACUGGAGCUCUAGGCUGCUUGAUCUGGACAUGAAGGAAUUGUGUCAAGAGCUCCAGACAACACAGGCCUUCUCUCUGCCCGAGUCACAUUGCCCUGCAGGGCCUCCUGGCCCCCAGGGUCCACAAGGAAUUCCUGGUAUAAUGGGACCAAAAGGGGAGAAAGGGGAGAUUGGCAGGCCGGGAAGAAAGGGUAGACCAGGUCCCCCGGGUGUCCCUGGGAUGCCAGGACCAAUAGGAUGGCCUGGACCUGUGGGGCUGAAGGGUGAAAAGGGAGAUUUGGGUGUGAUGGGAUUGCCAGGUACCAGAGGACCAAUGGGCUCCAAGGGUUUUCCAGGAACUAGAGGAGAAAAGGGUUCCAGAGGGGACAGGGGUGACAAAGGAGUCAAAGGAGACCAGGGAGAAAUAGGCUCCCCAGGAAUGCUGGGACAGAAAGGAGAGAUGGGCCCAAAAGGACAAUCUGGAGCACCAGGACACAGAGGACCUAUAGGAAGACCUGGAAAACGAGGCAAACAAGGGCAAAAGGGAGACAUUGGACCUGUGGGUAUCAUGGGCCCACCUGGAAGGCCUGGUCCUUCUGGCCAGCCAGGCCCCCCUGGACCUUCAGGAUUAGGGCAAUUUGCAAUAGGACCAAAAGGGGAAAGAGGACUUCCAGGACCUCCAGGAAGAUGCCACUGCAGACCCCCACAGCACGUGAAUAAUCCACCAUAUGAGGAAUCUGUGUUUGGACACAGGUAUCCAAAAGUCCCUGCGAUUUUUGUGGUGAAUAAUCAAGAAGAAUUGGACCGGUUGCACACUGAAAAUGCCUUAGCAUUUAGAAGAGACCAGAGAUCUUUGUAUUUCAAGGAUACCUUUGGAUGGCUCCCAGUCCAGCUCACCCCUUUCUACCCUGUGGAUUACCGUGUUGAGGUUGGCAGUACGUGUGGAGAUGGGAUUGUUCAGGAUGGGGAAGAGUGUGACGAUGGCAACACGGUUGUGACGGAUGACUGCAUAAGAUGCCGCCGUGCUUACUGUGGAGAUGGCUACAGACACGAAGGAGUGGAAGACUGUGAUGGAAAGGAUUUUGGAUAUCUGACAUGUAAAACAUAUCUCCCUGGGUCUUAUGGAAAACUGCGUUGCACUUCUUACUGCUACAUUGACUCGACACAGUGCCGAUACUUCACAUGAGGGGAGCAGAGAAGGGCAGCAUCCCACACGUCAUGGGGUGCGAGGUGCUAUGCUAUUAUUUAUCCAGGAAGGUCUGGGAUUAAAAAAAAGAAAAAAAGAAAAAGAAAAAAGGAAAAAAGCCAUCUCUGUGAAAACAAACAGACUUCAUGCUUCUGAUGGCUGUUUUGAGAUGUUUAUCUUUUUUCUUUUUUUAAAAAUUAAUUAAGCCAGAUUCUGAAAAAAUAGGACCACUGUAUCCUGUCUUAAUAGAUAAACUCAGUGUUUGCCAGUAAGACUCGUGGGCUGUGUGUGGGGACUUACUCUAUCACAAAUGCGACAAGAAACCAAAUGCCACUAACCAGGAAUACUGUGUAACAAGACAACAUUACCUCGGCUUAGCACUGUUCAGCCUAAAUUAAGUUCUUCAGGGUUUUUGUUUUUCAGCCUUUUCAGCAUAAACACAAAGCUUGUGUUGGACGCAGUGUUUAUAGAGACUUUCUCUUUUAUUACUAUGUGAACUUCUUUCAUGUUGUAUCCAGGGGGGUGUGAUGAUGGCUUCAGCAGCAUUGUGGUUAGCUGCACACCUUUGUGGCUCAGAGGAGCAGGGGCCUUCCAGCAAAUGCUUUAAAGAUCAGCAGAUGAGGCACAGAAAACCCAGGAUAAUGGUUGGCUAUCACACCAUGAAGGCCAUAGGGGACAACCAAACGGUGAUGCAGCCAAGGUGCUCUCGCUCCAAGGAGGACAUCAGGCUGAGAGCAAAGAUGCAGGAUGAGCUGACUUGAUUCUUCACCUUUGCCAAGCCAGCUGCAUUCUGUGUGAGCCCAACAGGACUGCAGAAGUGCUGGGUCAGCAAGGCUGCACACUUGGAACUUCAAUGCAACCAGGCCUGCACUUUGGUCUUGGUGCUGGAAGGCCUUGUUCUUCUCUAAUGAUCUACCCAGACUCCAUCCUUCCAUGAUGGCUGUACCCAUCCUGUGUACCGACUCCUCUGGCCUGCUCUUGUCUCCUGCUGUUGUGUUUGGAGCACCCUGUGAUGUGCCUCCUCACUUUCGCAUCCCCGUAACACCAAUCCUGGCCUAGUGUGCUUGUGGGUGCUCAUUCAUGCUGUAUGAUGUACACAUAUCUCUGUUUUUCAGUAUGUUUGGUCAAUUCUGCUAGCUCUGAUAGGAGUCAGUAAUUAUCUACUUAUUUAUUAGCACGCAUUUAAGAACAGAUUUCAUAUGGGAAGCAUAUUAAAUACUGUAUAUGCAAAAGAGUUCAUAACAGAAGAAAAUGGUACAAAGAUGUGUGGAAUGCAGGACUAAGAGCUCAAACCAAGGUGUGAUUUUCAAACAGGCCACUCUUUGCUGCUUUGCUGUAAAUGCAGUACUUGAAUGGUUGAAGUGUGAGUUGCUUGCCACAAUGGGAGCACCACAGCAGCUGUACUUAUUUGGUUACUUCAUAAAGGUUGAAUAAAGGGUGGAUAUUAUAUUAUGAUGAUAAUGCAUUAAAGCAACCAAGAAUACAUACAAUGUCUACCACUUGUAUAGGAGACUUUAGCUCUGCAUGUCUGAAGCGAUACUGGAAAUCAUCAGUUAAAAGCAAAAUAAAAUUAAUGUAUUUUACGGCUAUUGCUUGCCUGGGCUGCUUGUGCUGUGAAGCUCAACCACCAACGGCUGUAGCCUGUUUCAACAAUUCAAAGCCUUUCUUCUCAUUGCCUUAUUAUUUUUUAUUUAAACAGAGGUCUUAAGAAAAGGUCAAAGAACCGAAGGGGCGAGGAACUUGCCAUAAGCUCUGGAAAUCUGUGCACUAAGAUAGCUGCCUUGUAGCAUCCCACACUGGUGCAAAGGAAUGGGUUUCAGCUGGUGGCAUCCAGCACUAUCUCCAAGGAGUCCAUCUCUACUUGCAGCCCCUGAAGGCUGGAGUCUUUGAGAAAUUUGGAAGUCUCAGUGGCCUUUCACUUUCAGCUUUAAGUCCUGUUGUUUUUAAAAGCUCCUACCUCCAAAGGACAUUGUAAAGCCAAAGUGCACCAAGGGCAGGAAAAGAAAAACAAGUCAUGAUAUCACACAUCAAAUUGUAGUGUGCUGCACAUAGAGAAGUACAGCAUCAGCCUGGUCAGAAAAUGAAGUGUGGAUUUCAAAAGGACUGUAUUAAUACAGCACAAAAAGUUCAAUAUCUUAACAAAAAGAAAUGCAAGUUGUAAGGGAAAAAAAGUAAAAGUCAUGGAACAAGUUUCUUACUACCAUUAUCAUCAUGUGUAAAGCAUCAUAAAAAACAUCUGAGGAGGUGUUAAGUAUUCAUGUUAUAAAAGACUGCAAAUAAACCUUCCUCCUUAAUUCAGAUGUAUCUAUUAUUAAUUGAGAAUUCAUCAGCUGGAUGGUGCCUGGAAUGCUAUGAUUCCCUCCUUCCCUGAGUUUCUUAAUGCAUUAUGCCAAAGUUGAUUGAGGUACUUCAGUUCCUUGGCCUUUUGUAGCAGCAAAUGCCUGUGGGAAAGGUUUCUAAUCAUUAGUGCGCAGCUAUAGAUGAACUCAAAAUUAGUAUGAACUUACAUCAUGCACUGUAUUUAAUGUACACUAAAAAGCCAGCUUGCACUUAUUAUGUGAUUAAAUAUGUGUAAUUAUCUACUGCAUGUAUUAACAGAUCACGUCAAUAAAUCAUCCUACCCUUAGUUCUGGCAUUUUCUUGAUUUUGCUUAUCUGGCUUUCACAACACAGCUUGAACAUGCCUAGCUGUGUGCAAGCUGGGGCUGUGUGUGCUGAGAACUGAAGUCAUCCUGAGCAUGGGGAGCACAAAGCACGUGCUCCUUCAUGGGUAAUGUCCAGUGCAUGUGGGGGGUCAUGAGCCUGGAGAUGGG